AUGCACCUCGCAAUUGCAGGAUCCGGCGACAUGGCCAGUUAUCUCGUCGAGGAGUUCACCGCAAAGGGCCAUCAUGUGGUAGUCUUAUCCCGCAGCCUGAAACCUCGAUUCGAAGGUCGUCCAAAGGUGACGCAGGUCGUAGUUGACUACUCAGUGGAGUCAAUCGUCAAUGCGAUUUCGGACUGUGAAGCCAUGAUCUCCACCAUUCUCGACUAUUCGGAGGGAUUUAUCGACAUUCACCUUGCCUUGAUCGAAGCGUGCAAGCAGAGCCGCCUCUGCAAACGCUUCAUUCCCUCUGAGUUUGGUGGCAACCUUGAAACCCACCCUCAUCAGCCCGAGUUCUACUUGUACACACGCGAGCCUGUCCGCAAGUUGCUCCGUGAGCAGACCGAAUUGGAAUGGACAUUGGUUUCUGUUGGCUGGUUGAUUGACUACGUCGUCCCGAGCAAGAAUCGAUACCUCAAGGACAUUGGGCCUGCGUUUCCAAUUGACGUCGCCAAUCAAACAAUGGUCAUCCCAGGCACUGGACGUGACUUGUUCAAUGUCACGUGUGCCCGUGAUGUAGCGAAGAGUCUUGUCGCUUUGUUGGAAAGUGACAAGUGGGCCGAAUACACCUACAUCACCGCGGAGAAGACAUGCUGGGAAGACCUCAGCCGCGCCUUCGCCGAGAAAUAUCCUGCCCUUUCUGUCUCGCACAAGGAUGUGGCGGAAAUUCGACAGGAGGCGGCGAGUGGAGGUGAUGACGCUGUUUUUGCUGAGUAUCAACUUUACUCUAUCACGGGGGCAGCUUGCUUCGAUGAUGCCACCGUCCAGGAUCAGAGGGAGAGAUAUUUCCAAGGCAUCCACUUUCGGAAAAUCCGGGAGCUCCUUGAAGCCGUCGAGAAGGAUGAUCAGGUGAUAGUCUGA